UUUCAGCCAUACACCAAUGAAUCAUCGGAAAUUUCACCUGAAAUCGAAAAGAAGACAUCAUUGGGUAACGACAUGUCUCAUCGAGCAGCAACAACCGCCAGCGUGCCAAAGAGAGUACUUGAUCCCGUCAAGUUAGUGGUCGGUGAUCUGCCAUAUGUUGAUUCGUCAUGA